UUUCCACUCUUUUUUGGUGGACCAGGAUUUGCCUGGAGUUAAUGGGCUUUUCUUACACUGCUGUUCGGUUGUCCCACCUGGGCCUGGGCGUUUCUCUAUUUGCGACGGCCCAAAAAGUUGCCGUCACAAAUUCACGCGCCAGACCAGACCACCACCAGGCGCCACGAUUCAGAAGCGGCGACCCGCCUCGCCUUAUCCGCUGGACCAACGGCAACGGCAAACCUGCUCUCCCGCCUCCGCGCCAGCAGGCAGUAGCCAUGGCUCCGGCCGCGUCGUCCACGUCCGCGUCGCCGCUGUCCCGCCUCCUCCUCCUCCUCAGCCUCCCGAAGCCAGGCGCCGCGAGGCACCCCACCAGCUCCUCCUCCUCUCCCGCGCGGCCUUGCCCGGACGCCGGCCUCGUCCUCCGGCGGCGCGAGGCCGCGGCCGCCGUGCUGUCGACCGCCCUCCUCUCCCGCUUCGUGCUCCCCGCGGCGGCGUCGGCGGCCGCGGAUGGUGGGGGAGAGUGCCCGCUGGAGGUGGCGCCGUCCGGGCUCGCCUUCUGCGACCGCGUCGUCGGCACCGGCGCCGCCGCCCAGGAGGGGCAGCUCAUCAGGGCGCAUUACACGGGGAGGCUGGAGGACGGCACGGUGUUCGACAGCAGCUACAAGCGCGGGAGGCCGCUCACCUUCCGCGUCGGCGUCGGAGAGGUGAUCAAAGGAUGGGAUCAGGGCAUUGUUGGCGGCGAAGGGAUUCCGCCAAUGCUUGCUGGGGGUAAGCGGACGCUGAAGCUGCCACCGGCGCUGGCCUACGGCGAGAAGGGGGCCGGGUGCAGAGGGUGGGAGCCCACCUCCUGCGUCAUCCCGCCAAACUCCACGCUCCUCUUCGACGUCGAGUACGUCGGCAGAGCCUCCGGCUGAGGUCAACGGAAACUCUGAACUGAAUGCACGAGGCCAAGAUUCAGUGAUCCAUGCGUAGCUUGUAGACACGAUCGUAGCUGCCCGGGCUUUGAGAGGGGUUAUUUUUCUUCUCGUGUGAUUGCUGUCCCUGUGUGUUAAAGAGAGCGAUAUUUAGAUUGCCACAGACACGAGUCUGUAUAAAAAAUAUAUUUUUUGUAUAUGGGUAGCGAGACAUCAGACAUUCUUGGUGAAGUUUAUUAGCACAUCUCUAUCUCUCAGAAUAAAAGUGUGUUGAUUUUUUUAUGUCAA